AUGGAGGAUGCUUCUUUGAUUCUGGUAAACUCUAUUUUGGGACGUUGUGAAUGCCCUUGGUCUUAUCUAGAUAUAGUGAGGCAGGUUAAAGGUAUUUUGAGCAGUCUGGAAUUUUGCCUAGUUCAUGUUUAUAGAGAAGCAAAUUAUGUUGUUGACAGGCUGGCUGGAAAUGUUGUUCGGAACAGGAGGCUGGCUGGAUAUGUUGUUAUGAUCAGCAAGGAGGCUGGCUGGAUAUGCUGUUAUGGUCAGCAAGGUUUGCCUGUGUUGUGUAAAUACAAGCUAAUGGUGUUCAAUCAAGAGGGUGAAGUGUUGAAGGCUUUGCAGUAUGGACCACAUAUCUACAAUCGAAAAGGUUGCCUCACCAAAGUUUGUCCAGAGAAAGAUGCAGCAGAGGAUCAAAGUUUAGAUAUCUGUUUAAGAUGUGGCAAUUCAGGACACAAUAUGUUCUCAUGCAACAGCAAUGAGUACAGUUUUGAUGAUCUUAGGGGUAGUGCAGCCCAGGAAAGUCUUAGCAAGGACCUUCAUAUGGAAAUUAUUAGCCCGGGACGUAGUCCUACAAUUCCUUGA